GUUGCAUCACCUGGGAGCGCAGGGCCGCGGCGUGGUCGGCGGCUGCUUUCCAGGCUAGCCAGCCCGCAGGGGCUCUCCAGCAACAAAAUGGUUCAACAAGUUCCAGAAAACAUCAGUUUUCCUGCUGAAGAAGAGAAAAUUUUGCAAUUCUGGUCUGAAUUUGAUUGUUUUCAGGAAUGCUUAAAACAAUCAAAACACAGGCCAAAAUUUACCUUUUAUGAUGGGCCUCCUUUUGCAACUGGACUGCCUCACUAUGGACAUAUACUGGCGGGGACAAUCAAGGAUAUAGUUACAAGAUACGCUCACCAGAGUGGGUUUCAUGUUGACAGAAGAUUUGGAUGGGAUUGUCAUGGUUUACCUGUGGAAUAUGAAAUUGAUAAGACCCUGGGCAUCAAAGGACCAGAGGAUGUGGCCAAAAUGGGAAUCGCAGAGUAUAACAAUCACUGCCGAGCAAUUGUGAUGAGAUAUUCUACGGAGUGGAAGUCCACUGUCACCAGGCUGGGCCGAUGGAUUGACUUUGACAACGACUACAAAACUCUGUAUCCACAGUUCAUGGAGUCUGUCUGGUGGGUCUUCAAACAACUCUAUGAUAAAGGACUCGUUUAUAGAGGUGUGAAGGUCAUGCCCUUCUCCACUGCAUGUAGCACUCCACUUUCCAAUUUUGAAUCACACCAGAAUUACAAGGAUGUUCAAGAUCCUUCAGUAUUUGUAACUUUCCCUUUGGAGGAAGAUGAAAAUACAUCUUUAGUUGCCUGGACAACCACUCCUUGGACUCUGCCUAGUAACCUUGCACUUUGUGUUAAUCCGGAUUUGCAAUAUGUGAAGGUUAAAGAUACUGCUCGAGGGAAGUUCCUCAUUUUAAUGGAAGCCAGAUUGUCCGCCCUCUACAAAUCGGAGAGUGACUAUGAGACCCUUGAAAGGUUUCCUGGUUCCUAUCUCAAAGGCAAGAAAUAUAAGCCCCUGUUUGACUAUUUUGUGAAGAUGAAAGAAAAUGGUGCUUUCACUGUGCUUGUCGACCACUAUGUGAAGGAGGAAGAAGGGACGGGCGUGGUGCACCAGGCUCCUUACUUUGGCGCUGAUGACUAUCGGGUCUGCAUGGACUUCAACAUCAUUCAGAAAGAUUCACUCCCCAUUUGCCCUGUGGAUGCAUCAGGCUGCUUCACCGCAGAAGUGGCCCAUUUUGCAGGACAAUAUGUUAAGGAUGCUGAUAAAAAUAUCAUCAAGACGUUGAAGGAAAAGGACCGACUUCUUGUUGCCAGCACCUUCACUCACAGCUAUCCUUUCUGCUGGAGGUCAGACACACCCCUCAUUUACAAGGCAGUGCCCAGCUGGUUUGUGCGAGUGGAGCACAUGGUGGACCAGCUGCUGAAGAACAACGACCUGUGCUACUGGGUCCCGGAGUUUGUGCGAGAAAAACGAUUUGGAAAUUGGCUGAAAGAUGCCCGUGACUGGGCAAUUUCCAGAAACAGAUACUGGGGGACUCCAAUCCCACUGUGGGUCAGUGAUGACUUUGAAGAGGUAGUAUGCAUUGGGUCAGUCGCGGAACUUGAAGAACUGUCAGGAGCAAAGAUUUCAGAUCUCCACAGAGAGAGCAUUGACCACCUGACCAUUCCUUCCCGCUGCGGGAAGGGACCGUUACGUCGCAUCUCUGAAGUAUUUGACUGCUGGUUUGAGAGUGGAAGCAUGCCCUACGCUCAGGUUCAUUACCCAUUUGAAACCAAGAGGGAAUUUGAGGAUUGUUUUCCUGCAGACUUCAUUGCUGAAGGCAUUGACCAAACCAGAGGAUGGUUUUACACUCUGCUGGUGUUGGCCACAGCCCUGUUUGGACAACCGCCUUUCAAGAAUGUCAUUGUCAAUGGGCUCGUCCUGGCGAGUGAUGGCCAAAAAAUGAGCAAACGAAAAAAGAAUUAUCCAGAUCCGGUUUCGAUCAUCAAUAAGUAUGGCGCCGAUGCCCUCAGAUUAUAUCUGAUCAACUCCCCUGUGGUGAGAGCAGAAAAUCUGCGCUUCAAGGAGGAGGGUGUGCGGGAUGUGCUGAAGGACGUGCUGCUGCCGUGGUACAACGCAUAUCGAUUCUUCAUUCAGAACGUCUUCCGACUGCAGAAGGAAGAAGAAAUAGAAUUCCUCUACAAUGAACACACAGUCAGAGAAAGCUCCAACAUCACAGACCGGUGGAUCCUAUCCUUCAUGCAGUCACUUAUAGGGUUCUUUGAGACUGAAAUGGCAGCCUAUAGGCUCUAUACUGUGGUACCUCGCCUGGUCAAGUUUGUGGAUGUUCUGACCAACUGGUACGUCAGGAUGAACCGCAGAAGAUUAAAGGGUGAAAAUGGAGUGGAAGAUUGUGUGACGGCCCUGGAGACUUUGUUUAGCGUCCUCCUUUCUCUGUGCAGAUUAAUGGCCCCCUAUACACCAUUCCUCACUGAACUGAUGUACCAGAAUCUAAAGCAGCUGAUUGACCCAGUUUCUGUCCAGGAGAAGGACACACUCAGCAUCCACUACCUCAUGCUGCCUCGUGUUCGAGAAGAGUUGAUUGACAAGAAAACCGAGAAUGCCGUGUCUAGGAUGCAGUCUGUGAUUGAACUGGGACGAGUGAUCCGAGAUCGCAAGACUAUCCCAAUCAAGUACCCUUUGAAAGAAAUUGUAGUUAUUCAUCAAGAUCCAGAAGCUCUAAAAGAUAUCAAGUCUUUGGAGAAGUACAUCAUUGAGGAACUGAAUGUUCGGAAAGUUACACUGUCUACAGAUAAAAACAAGUAUGGUAUUCGGCUAAGGGCGGAACCAGAUCACAUGGUCCUGGGGAAGCGUCUAAAGGGAGCCUUCAAGACAGUGAUGGCGUCCAUCAGGCAGCUGAGCGAUGAGGCGCUGCAGCAGUUCCAGAAGACUGGUAGGUUUCUGCUCAGACAAGGGCAUGCUCAUGUCCACAGGCCAGCCUUGUCUCACAAACCCCAGUACUCCUUCCUACACAUUACCAUAAUCGCCUUGUUUUCCUUACAAGGUGGUGUGCAUUAUUUGUUCCCGCAGGCACUGGUGCUCUUAGACAUCAGCCCUGAUCAGUCAAUGGUGGAUGAAGGAAUGGCCCGGGAAGUCAUUAAUCGCAUUCAGAAACUUCGCAAGAAGUGCAAUCUGGUUCCUACAGACGAAAUAACAGUUUAUUAUAAAGCAUUGUCUGAAGGGCGGUAUCUGAAUGACAUCAUUGAAAGCCACACGGAGUUUAUAUUUGCCACCAUAAAGGCUCCCUUGAAACCAUAUCCAGUUUCUACAUCAGAUAAAAUUCUGAUUCAAGAAAAAACCCAGUUAAAGGGGUCUGAGCUGGAGAUUACACUCACCAAAGGAUCAUCUCUGCCUGGCCCUGCUUGUGCAUAUGUCAAUCUUAGCAUUUGUGCAAAUGGCAGCGAGCAAGGUGGAGUCUUGCUUCUGGAAAAUCCAAAGGGUGAAAACAGAUUGGACCUUUUAAAACUGAAGAGUGUCAUCACUAGCAUUUUUGGUGUUAAAAGUACAGAACUGGCUGUCUUUCAUGGUACAACAGAAAUACAAAACCAAACCGACUUACUGAGCCUUAGUGGAAAAACACUGUGCGUGACUGAGGGGUCAGCACCGUCGCUGGUCAGCAGUCCCAGUACCCUGCUCUGUCAGUAUAUCAACCUGCAGCUCCUGAACGCAGAGCCCCAAGAGUGCUUAAUGGGCACAGUGGGGACUCUGCUCCUGGAAAACCCUCUCGGCCAGAAUGGACUCUCCCACCAAGGUCUUCUUCAUGAAGCAGCCAAAGUGUUUGGCCUGCGGAGCAGGAAGCUGAAGCUGUUUCUCAAUGAGACUCAAACACAGGAAAUUACGGAAGACAUCCCUAUAAAGAGUCUGAACACGAAGACUGUUUACGUUUCCGUAUUACCAACAACGGCAGAUUUCUAACAGUGGAUUACUGUGUCUCGGUCACCUUUUAUAAACUUCAAUCCAUCACCCGCCCAUGGAUUUACAUCCAAGUCCACGUACGUGAACAAACGGAGCCUGAUGAUGUCUCCCUUCAGGUUCAUACAUAAUGCUGCUGUGGAUCUAAAAUUUAAAUGGCUCGAACGAUUGAUCAAGUGACUUGAGAACACACAGUAGUGUUCGCGCGUUUCCAUAAACACCUAUGCAGUCAAAUUGGAGCAGGUUUUCAAGUUACCUCAGCAACACAAAGUUUAUUUCUAUACUUGAGUUCUUAAGUCCAGAUGGCAGAAGUGACUUAGAUGGCAUGGUAUGGCCUUACAAACUUAUCUGAGACCUCUUGAAGAAAUGAACAUGUUCUAUAUUUCUGCUGCCUGGAUUUUCCUGGGUAAUUUGAUGGAAUAUUUUGUCUCAGUAAAUCAGGCUAAUAAAACGCUAUCAAAUA